GAGUAUUUUACCGACGCUGGCUCAAGCGAUAUGUGUAGUCACCAAUGAAUGGAAUUUACGGUCAUUGGAGGCUGUGAAUCAAUCGUCUUAGCAUUUUACGUUGACCUGUUUGAUUGGUGGUAUCAGCAUUCUUUCAGGUAGCGAGUACAACCAGCAAACUUCGCACACUACUUCGCUAACUGGUAAGUUUGAAAGAGCCAACUUCCUCCCUCUACGUCGCGAGCCCAUCCAGUUGUUUUUCAAACAUGCUAAUGAACAACAUCUUCUCGGAGGAUCGCAGUUUUUGGUGCACGCGAGGUCAUAGGCAAAGUAAAUGUGAAAAAAUAGCCGUGAUUCAAAAUGUGCAAGCUUAUCGGAAAACGAUCGGCCUAAUUAUGUCUUGCUUCGAUGAAUUCUUUUGAUUAUAAAUUCGAUCACAUUAUUUGUAAUUUUUCUUACGAGUAUUAGGCUAAAACCUUUGUUCUGCUGUAGCUUCUUUAUCAUCUUACAAAAUUAAGUAGUUGUUGUUUUCUUAAGGGGUCUAAGAUUCUAUGCAGAAGCCUUUAAUGGAUUUUUUUUCUUUGUCAAUUAUCAAUCAAAAUUUCAUAUGAGAUCGUAAGUUUGACCGUGUCAGCUUAUUUUAAGCUUGUAUAUUUCGUUGCUUAUUUUACACAUUUAAUCUACCUUUAUCGAAGAAACAACUUCGUUCCGGUUAUAGGUGCAGUUGAAGAUUUGUUUAACUUGGAAUCAAAUGUAAUACGCUUUAAAGUCAAAAAGUAUUUAGCACGCGUUACAUUUUUACUUCAAAAUUUUCAUAAAUUUUCCAAAAGAAAAAUGUGGUUUGAUUCAUAGAAGCCACUUGCGGCUAUAGGAGAUAGACUUUUUUACAUAUGCUCCUGAAUUCCAACUCAGGUGUUCAAAAGGUUUGUUACAAGUGAGCUUAUCGCCUGCCUGAACUCGUACAAUUACAUUGUAACCUGAAAUAACACCAUAGCUAUUAAUAUUUCUGUUAUUAUAAUGACUAUUGCAAAUAUUAUUAUUAUUACAGUCAUACCCUGCUUUAGGGACACCUCAUUACCAUGAGGAGUUUGCUUUGCCUGCGGAGAAAGAAAGCCGCAUACGUUUUCUCUAGAUUCAACCUGCUAAAUACGGACACAUUAAUUCUGCGGCAGGUUCUCAGUGUCAGUUAAUUAACGGGGUUUGACUGUAUUAUUAUUCAUUCGUUAAAUUUCUCCAUUUUUGAUCAACCCUCAAUUGUUUAAAGUGGGUAACGUUAUCCACGGGAUAAAUUUCUAUCCAGCGGAUAAUGCAGUUGUUUCAUACGUAGGUUGAGUGCGAUCGGCCGGGUGAACAUAGCCUUGAAUAAUACUGUUGUUGUUGACAGUGACUGAUGUUUUGACAACCUGUGUGGUAGUCAUCUUCACAGUCAAAGUGAGUUGUAUAACAUCAGUUGAUGGUAUUAAACUCUGGUUAUUGACGUGAUUGGUCACGGUGUUAUUGGUCGUCUCUCAGUUAAGCCGUGAUGUUAUUGGCUAUGAAGACUCGUAAUGCCAUUGUUGUGUUUCGAUCCGUCUAUUGUCACAGUUAAACAGUCAUUUAUUGUUAGUCAAAUUGUCAGUUGUCCAGUUAUUCAAUAACAAUUCACAACUUAAUUGACCAAUCAGGUCAAUAACCAGAGUUUAAAGGGACACAGUCAGCUAUGGGACCGCGUUGGCCUGGACACUACUUUUCCCAGUUUGAAAAGUGUUUACCUCAACCCGAAAUCAAAUCUAUGCGUCAGAUACAUCUAGAAAUCCGCUUCAAUCCUACCUAGUGUUUCAUUUGAUCCUCGAUCUUUUACUUAAAAUGUCUUUUUGAGUAAACUUUUACUCAUCCUAUUACAUUAUUUUAUCAUAUUUAGUUAAAAACAGUAUUGAAAGGAAUGUGAACAGAAGAGGUGAGAAACGCAUAGGCACCGGGCAGGAGAAAUUGCCUUCGUUUAGUGCUUUGAUGUGGCUUAGGGCCUAUAAUCACGAUUUCGGCUGGUGACCAGUUCAACUCUACACGGUUUGUUUAGAGUAUUCCGGAGACGCUUUGUUUUACGCGUGUCUUGUGACAUGCAAAUCAGCUAAGAAAUGGUAUUUAAAGCUUAUGUGUAUCAGCUGACUGUGUCCCUUUAAUACCAUCAACUGACAUGAUACAACUCACAACAGUCCUAUUCAGGACUACGUUCACCCGGACGAUCAAACUCAACAACUGGAUCAAGAUAAAUUUUCCUGUUUACAGCAAGUAAACAGCCCCAAUAGCCAAGAUAAGUUUCAAAUGAUAACCGUCAUGUAGUUGAUGAGAUUUCUGGUGAAUUUGGUGGGAUUUCACGGAUUUUCCUGAAUUUCACUACCGCACAAACUAUCAGAAGCCCUGAAACUGCCAAGAAGCAGGCACUUGUUAUGGUUAGAGGCAGCGUGGUCACUGGUUAGAGCACUGAACUUGUAAUUGGGAGGCCUUGAGUUCAAGUUCCACCGUGACUACUAGCUGGAUUUGUUCGCACUAGUGCCGAGGUCAAAUCCUUGACCAUGCUUGUAAAAUAGUCAACUGGUUUGCCCCCUACCUGAGUCGGGAUUUUAAACUUAAUUUUGACUGGUCGGAAGAGAGACACAGGGCUAAAAGUUAACUUUUUAGUGCACUUGCAAAGUUUCACUAGUAGGAUUGUUUUCCACUAGCAAACUGGUGAGACCACUAGCAAAUUAUUUCCCUUUGUUUCAGAGACAUGGAUGAUUCUAACUCGCAGACGUUUGCUAGUGGAGAUUUUUCUCACUCUCAGAUUAUCAAAAUUACUCACAUUUUGCAAGUUUGCCAGCGUUAAUUUUGAGCUCUGGAGACAUGACCAAGCUAAAAUUUGUUUGGCCGAUCAACAUGACCGGCAACAGUCCGAAAGUUAUGUAACAAAAUAGUAAGAUGAAAUAAAAACAAGACCUUGUGUUAAUAAUUAUGUGCGGGGUUAUAGCAUUACAUUUUUUAUUUAUCUAUAAAUUUUUGGUACUAUUUUUUUUUUCAGUGUCAAGUUCCUUUAUCGCUGUGGAUGGAAAAGUGUCUUAGUUCUCCCACAACAUUUUACCUAGAGUCAUGUUUCGCCUGUGUGUUGUAGGGAGUGGUGGAGUUGGCAAAAGCUCCUUGACUAUUCGAUACUUAAAAAAUGAGUUCACUGAGGUAAUUAAUGUGUAAUUGCUGUUUUUGGAAUUCUCACACCACGAAACAAAAGUAAACCAACAACUAGUUUCCACAACAUCAAUAAACACCCUAUUUUUAAAAAGGAGAAUUUAAUUCUGGUAUGAAUUUGGUGAGGCUUCUCAAGACCUUCUUACUGUCAAAUGCACAAAACAGUUCAAAGAUGCUUCAGGGAUUCAAGCAACCACAAAUUAACCCUUUAACCCCAGAUAUCCACAUACAAAUUCUCCAGACUUAUCAGAAGGAAAAAACCUACAUGUAUUAGAAAAUGUAUGUACACAUACGUACAUUUCCUUAUAGUAUGAGCAAAAAUUUAAUUGAUUAUGGCAUCUUUAGAAAACAUCGAUCAUUAUCUAAGAAAGUACAAGGUAUUCACUCUUAUUCAGACCUGUGAAAAUGUUGAGUUAACUGUAUCCAAAAAUUGUGACCCGCUUUUUUCCCUCAUGACCUGCUUUUAGCUUCUCUAUGGGUACUGUGGACCCCAGUGAAGAAAAUCCUUGUAAGAUCACUGUUGCCUUAAAGAGUGUUUCAGGGAAUUUGAAAACAAGAUCAUGGCAGUUUUCCUUCGGUGAUCAUUUUCCAAAUUCUCAUACACUUUUCUCUUGAUGAUGGAUAGAUGUUGUGAAGAGAAAAUUGAUGUCAGUUUCUCUUGGGACUUAAAGGGUUAAUGAAUGUACCAUUGCUACUUGUGAAUCAGUUGUCUAACAUCUGAUUGGCCGUGUACAAGGCCAUUUUUAUCUUUUGCUUGUUUCAUCUACCAAACAUUUUAAAAAGUACAAUAGUUUGUGAUCAGUUCCAUGUUUGUUCCGUGAAAUGCCUGUGGCACUCCCACGUUAAAAAUUGUUGUACCCAAAAUUUCAAAGCCAGCCAAUAGGAUUGCCUAAAAUCUUUAUCGAUUAUCUCUUAUUCGAAGCCGACCAAUCAGAUUGUACAAAAUCUGUAUCAAUUUUUAAUCGAUUUGCUUCUUCUUAAGAAAGUCAAAAUCAGGACGUUCCUUGCCAAAUUAUUUCCCACUCGUGGUUUAGGAUGGCUUGUUAACCAGCGAAAUCCUUUGAGAUACUGGCAAGUCACGAAAGGCGACCUAAGCCAAAUUAUUUCUUCCCUUCAUGAUUCUUUUUUGUUUAGGUCUAGCUUUUUCAUAAGGUUUUAGUAGCUUCUGGUCGCGGGCCAUGAUUUCCGAUAGAUUUUUCUAUUCAGAGUUCGCCAGUUUUUGCCAAGCACAGCUAGACUUCAGUUUUUUUCUUUUUUUAUCGAAACACCUUGACGAUGGGAGGUUAAAUCGCGUAAAUUUCAACUCGUGCACUUGACGAUUGACGGUGAAAUCGUAAAAAUAUUGUCCUCGUCGAUCGACGACUCGCUUUUGGCAUGGAUUGGACUUCUGGAUGGGAGACGGAUCAGGACCUUAGUAAACUUAUUGUACCUUGGGAUCAGGGAUAAUCAUCGGAACUAUGUUAACUUGGAUUAUGUCAUCUUGGAUUAAAACAUUCGAACUUUAUCGAACUUUGUAACCCUGGGUUCAACCCUGGAUAAAGCAAGCGGGUGUUUUGUUUUGUUUUGUUCCAUUAACCUAAAACUACAAUGUUUAUUUCUCUUUGAAAAAGUUACCUGUGGCAACUUACUACCAAGAUAUGACCUAUCUUUCUACAUAUAGUUCCUGUUCGGGUUAAUCAGAGAGCAUUAUACGCAUGUUCUCCAUUACUUGUUCCGUUAACAUUCCAAUUUAAGUUACACGGCUAAACCUUGUUUUGAUGCAAAAUAACUUCUUUUUCUUAUCCAAAUCGUGCUACGAAAAUAACUACAUAGCGAUAGAUCAAAACAAGAUCAACUCCAUCCUUGCGACCACUGACAACUAUAAAUUUAGCUUGCGUAGCAGGUGUCGAAAGGGGUAGGGGAUAGGGAGGAAGCAAAAAGGGGAUUUGGAUUGGGGAGAAAUAGUAGCCUGCCACGCAGGCUACUAUAAAUUCAGUCAUAAGCACAUUAAGGCAACCCAUACAGGUAACCUACUCAUCGAUGCUCAAAACAUGACACAUCUUUCCGGUUUCCCUAAUUUUUCCAAAUUCAGAUAGAACGCCAUUAUGCUUCCAUGGACCAACGCAUCCCACGGAAACGACUUUAGGCGUCUUGUUAACAUUAGUUUUGUUUUGUUUUUGUUUUUUGUUUUUAAUUUUUUUUCUUUUCUUUCAGUAUUAUGAUCCAACUUUAGGUGAGUUCUGUAUUGUCUCAUUGAGUGAUGUGCAUGUUAUUCAUUUACAGUCAACUCCCUUUAUAGCAGACACUGUAGGGACCUCAAGUUAGUGUCCUCAUUAGCGAGAGUCCGUAAUAGCGGGAGUUUAUUUCAGUCAAAGAUCUGUAAUUUGGUUUUUCCUGGGAUUUAACUGCUGUCCAUUUUAUCGGGGUGUCCGUUAUAGCGAGGUGUCCGCAAGGCGAGAGUUGACUGUAGAGUUUUAUUACUUUUGGGUAAAACGCUGGUAUCCAUAUUUUAAGUUAAUGUUUAUCUAAAAUGUGGUGUGUUCUCUUUUCCACAUGUUUGGGAAUAUACUAGAGGAAACAUAUAGAAAAGAGGUAUGUACAGAAAUUAUUCCAAGGUGCUUCAUGCUGUUUUAAGAAAGUGGGAAAAAGCGCCAGCUGUAUAUAUCUGGACCUCUUUGGCCUCAGGCCCAUCUUAAAGGGACACGGUCAGCUAUGUGACCGUGCUGACCUGGACACUACUUUUGCCAGUUUGAAAAGUGUUUACCACAACCCGAAAUCAAAUCUACGCGUCGGAUACAUCUUGAAAUCCGCUUCAAUCUUGCCUAGCAUUUCAUUCGAUCCUCGAUCUUUCACUGAAAAUCUCUUUCGGAGCAAACUUUUACUCAUCCUACUACAUUAUUUAAUCAUAAAUAAAAUAAAAACAGUAUUCAAAGGAACAUGAAACAGAAGAGGUGAGAAACGCAUAGGUGCCGGGCGGGAGAAAUUGCCUUCGUUUACCAAAAUAACAAGAGAAAUGAAUCAGUAACAUUGGCGAGCAAACAAUUGCUAUACAUAUUUGGAAAAUCAAUGGAAAAGGUUUCAUGUAUUUGGAAAAUCAAGCUUUCUUGACCGUGAACCUUUGACAAUGAUUCAGACUUCGUGCAAUUUCUCACCUCCACUGAUGUUUGAAUUCGGAAGUAUUCGUCAAUGUUUGGCUUUUCCCGGAAAAAUCCAUCAGUGAAUUCUCAAUGUUAUAUAUAAAAAAUGAGUGCUCUGAUAUGGCAUAGGGCCAAUAAUCACAAUUUAGCUUGUAACUAGUUCAACUCUACAAGGUUUGUUUAGAGUAUUCCGGAUACGCUUUUGUUUCACGCGUGUCUUGUGACAUGCACAUCAGCUAAGAUAUGGUAUCUACUGUGCAUGUGCCCCAGCUGACUGUGUCCCUUUAACCUUUACCUUACAUGUGCCUUUCUAAUUAUCUAAAUCAAACAGUUAUGUGAGUACAUAAAGGUGUAUAGAAAUCAUCUUUUAAAGUACAUUAUUUUAUUUUCAUAAUAAAUGUUAUUGUCAGUGCACCUAACAACAUCACUGAGUGGGAUAAAAGUGGUGUGCUGACUGAUUUUGCAAACGAGACUCUGCACUAUGCCAACUUCACCUGGAUUAAUCAAGGUCAAAGUCCCACCUGCCCUCAGAGCAAGCAGCAAUCGAGCUUCUUCAAACCCAAAAAUUUAUUAUUAUCAUUAUUAUUAUUAUUGCAAUACCCCACAGAGCAAGCUGUCAUGAAUAAAAAAUGAAAAACCUUUUCCUGCGUGACGCAUCCGAGCUGAUGCAGACAUCUCCUGUCAUGUGACUUAGUAUGAAUGUCAUCUCCAAAAAGUCAGGGCAAGGUUGUUGAAAUACAGAAUGUAUUAAUUUUUAACUCCUUUACCAUAAAUUGUCAAUUUAAUAUGUAUCCAGUAUAAGAACCUACUUGCAAUAAAAUGUCUGUAAAUUGCAGAUUGAAUAUAAUGGCAAGUUAUAUGAUGUGGAGAUAGUUGAUACAGCUGGACAGGAGGAGUUUAGUUCAUUUCGCGAUUCAUCAGUUGCAACGGGUGAUGCUUUUUUAGUGUUGUUUGCCAUUAAUUCUGCAUUGAGCUGGCAUGAACUCAAGGAACUGAGAAGCAAAAUUAUCCAAGAUCGACAGGCUGCAUCUGCGAUUCCCAUGGUUAUGGUCGGUAAUAAGUUGGUAAGUUUUGAUAAAAAUUGUUAGUUAUAAUAUUAAUAUCAUUGUCAUCAUCAUCACUGAUCAACAUCAUCAUCAUCAUCAUCAUUAUAAUUAUGGAAGUGGUUAGUAUGUUGGGUACCAUGAAUUAAGACUCUUUUAAGGCCUUUGGGGGUAUGAAACUAAAACAUAGUUCGUUCAUGCACACUGAGACUGGAAGUUCUGAUGACUGGUCAAAAAUUGCUGUCAAGUCAUCCUAGAAAUAGAUUUUUAAGUAGAUUAAUAAAUCUGUCAUCCUCAUUGGAUGAAAGCAAGCAUUUGAUAUGAUGUACAUUGUAAAAGUCAAGCAAAUGUGAGUAGUUUAAGGUUCUAUCCUUAACUACUCAAAGCUUAAAUUCUUCCCUGGUCACUCAAUACAUUUUUAGGACCUCCACAAUUGAUUUGCCUGGGACGGCACACAGACUCCGCCAAUAUAAAGGGGUGAUUCCCCCUUACUUACCUUUAGUUAAUGCCCCUCACACAUGAGUGCCUUUCAUAAUCUAUUUCCUCCUCCUUACUUUUUUUUCUCCUUCCUUAAAUUUUCUGGCAAACCCUGGGUCAGGUGUGCAUGCAGUUUGAUGUGGUGACAGUUAAUUGAUAACAGUUGUGUUAGCCUUGGGAAACAGCUAUUAUUUGGAAUACUAUCACUGAUUUCCCUGCAAAAUGGUGACUGAACCUUCAUACUGAUGCAUGUUACUACCCAGAUCUGGGUAGUACUUCGGAUUGGUGGUGCUGCGAGGGAAAGUUGCUUCAACCAAUCAGAAGCUUUACUCAGAUGUGGACAGUGACAGGUCAGCAGUAUGAAAUUUCUGCAGUUGUUCCCCAGACAUCAUGUCGCAGGGAAACCAAUGAUCAUGGCAUCACAAAAUGUCAGCUGUUUUCUCAGGCUUCAGUUUUGUUAACUGAACAAUAUUAUUUAUUGCAGGACCUGGAAGGUGAACGGGAAGUCAACAAAGAUGAAGUGUUAGAGUAUUGUAAUUCUUCAGAUGUCAAUAUUCCAUUGAUUGAGACAUCAGCAAAGGUAGAGAUAAUUUUUUAAACCCUGGCUGGGUUUUUUUUUCAGUUUGAAUAGUACAAUAAUUAUAGUGUAUUCAAUGAUUCUGAAAAUUUUAAUACAAUGAAACUAUCAGUCAACGAAGCAAAAUUGACCUUUUUGUGGGCUUGGAACUGUGCUACUAUUCAACAGGUUGUGAUUUUAAUAUUUGCCUUUGAGCCUAAAAAGUUUCUGGGUCUUUUGAGAAACGCGCCCCAGAUCACUAAUUGAAAGUGGAAAGGGAGUGCUAAGUUCAACUCCCUUACCAUGCUUGUCAAUUAGCCAGCUAGUUGCCUGCAGCCAAUUAAGGUAUUUAACCAUGUUACAUGUAGUUUAAUCUUGGCUGUAUUUUCUGUGAUUAUGUAGUGUGGUGCCUGUAAACUAACUAGAGCAGGAAAGUGUACUUCUACCAUAAACAAAGUGUUCCAUUUUACUUUUCAUUGACAUGUUGGCCUACGUGAGGGUGCGAGAGCUUUUGAGUAUAAUACCUUGUAGAGAUGGGCUGCGAAUGAGGCCAAUUUGGCUAACCUCCUUUGGGCUUAGCAGAUGAUCCCCUCCUCGAUCUGCAUAAUAUGAUUAUUCUUUAUACCGCGCAAAAACCGCUAUUGAUAAUUGUAAUGUUUAAAUUAUUCAUUCAAACCUUACCUCUUGUGGAAUCUCUUCAUUCCGUCGGCCAGUUCCCCGGUGGGUUUGUCAUUGGGUGAUUUACAUCAAUCGUCAUAACAAUUUAACAAAUUAAUUUGGGCAAAUGACAUAAAUCUUCCAAAUUGAUUUUUUUGGUCAGUGUUAUAGCUUACUGUAAUUAUUAUUUAAAAAUUCACAAAAGCGUUUAAGAAAUGAUUCAAGAAUCUAAGUAUUUCGAUUGCUUUCGUCACUUUAAGAGCUAUAAACGAGAAGGGUUCAAGUGCUGAAAUUUUUCCCGCACUGCUUUCUGGGACGCAGCUAUUGGCUAAUUUCUCUUCUCCCUGUAAAUAGUAAGAGAGCGUUUUUACAUGAUGUCACGGCGGCCAUAUUGGUGUUCCAAAACAAUAGAUCGUUUUCACCGUCACGCAACAAAAAAUUAAAUUGGAAACCGUCCGGUGGAAGAAGCCAAGAAAAUGAAAUGUUAUAAAAGACUAAUACAUAAACAAUUUAUCCAAGUGUCAGGUCUUUGUGGCCCACAGUUUCUGAGUUAUUUGCCGAAACGUUUCACGCACCUUUGUAGAGCUUUGCAUGGAGGUACCGUAUUUAUUCGAUUAACCGCCCUGGGCGCUUAUUAAAUUUUUGGACCUUGAGAGUGGGCGCUUAUUUGAGGUGGGCGCUUAUUCGAGGCUGGGCGCUUAUUAAAUUUUCACCAUUUUCAGCAAGUGAAGUAUGUUUAUUUUGCAACAGAACAACAAAAAGCUAACAACAAAACGCGAAGAAGUAACAAAGCAAGGUUUCUGUAAAAUACUCUGAAGAAAACUCCGUCCUCGGGGAAGUCUCUUAGUAGAGUUUAUUCACUAAAGUGGGUGGGGUGGGAGUAAGCGCUUAUUUGAGUUUGAUUUUGAGGAGGAGGGGUGGGCGAUUAUUCGAGGCUGGGCGCUUAUUAACUUUAUCUGCCUUUAGGAUGGGCGCUUAUUCGAGGUGGGCGCUAAUUCGAGGUUGGGCGCUUAUUCGAAUAAAUACGGUACGCCAUAUUGGUGCACCGUUUUGGUGCACCAAUAUGGCCGCCGGAAAUCAACAAAUACAUCUGGAGUUCACUUUUUCAAUAAAAGCUCUUUCUUUUCACUCGAGAACUAGCAUAGGUGCGCAUAAACAUAUCUUCUAAUACUUGAAAUGGUUAUACUGCUGAAAAUCAAGAGGAGAGACUUUUUUCCAACGAGACAGCAUUCCUAUUUUGGUGUCACGCACAGUGAAAACUCGGAAGUUCAAAUUGCUGUAUUUUCGAAAUGAAACAUGCUACAGGAAUGGAAACUUGCACGAAGAUUUACUUUUUGUUUAUCUUUAACCUAGUAUAAAUAAGAAUUCGUAAAACCUCGCUAUUUUGACUUUACAAUUUUAUGACGUCACUGUGAAAACCAUCUUUAAAAGGGCAGCCAAGUUGGUGUUCCAAACCAAUCCUGUGGAAGUUGAACUCCUUUCUUACAUGCAAACGCUUUCUUUUAUUCCAAUCAAUUUGCAUAGAUGCUGGAUACACUGUAUGUGACGGAAAACACUCUAUGGUCUCAGAAGUUGGGCCCGGUUCAGACGCCGCUCCACACAUGUGCCGAACGUAAUGAUGAAUUAAGUGCGGCAGAAGAGCUGUGUCUGAAUCAAAUUGGUACGGCAGUUUUAGUUUGAUGCGGCAAAAGCGUUAGGUUCGACAAAGUCUGUCGAACUUAACUUAGGCUCGACACACGGUGCGCUGUUUGAAUCAGAUUUUCCGCCAGUGUCGCUCCAAUGUCGAACUUAUUCAGUUAGGCUCGACAUGAAAGGUACGGCGUCUGAACCAGGCCUUGGUCUUAGAAGCGAAAGCUUACUCGUCCCAGUUUUCCUGCUCGUUUCUAAACUGGCGAAUAGUAAAGUGCAAUAGACCUUGUCACGGUUUUGGAAGCCAUCUUGACGAGUAGGCAACCGCGUGGGAAAUUACAGUGAUUGUAUGAGAAUCUAAUGUCGAAUAAGAUCCGUAAAACGACUGAUCUGAAAAAAAUAUGAAAGUAAAGCUUCACUCCGAUGCAUGCAGCAUGCGCCAGACCCACUGUUUAUAAUUUUGUAUACAUUUGUCUUUAAAAAUCUUUCUUCCUGUCGACUAAAAUUUCUUGGGAAAAUUGCAGGCAAAUAUGUGGGAAAUUUAAAGCAAGCGUCUGGAGAAACAAAAGCACAGGUACGGGCCCCAAAAAUUUGUUAGUAGAAUUUUUUACUGUGUAGCUUUAGUCACAAUUCAUUUUUUUUUCUUCAGAACAGUCGUUUUACGGAUCUUAUUCGACAUUACAUUCUCAUACAAUCACUGUAAUUUCUCACGCCCUUGCCUACUGGUCAAGGUGGCUUCCAAAACCUUGACAAGGUCUAUAGGGAAUUUACCGUUUGUUUUUAUCUUUACAGACUGGCUUGAACGUGGAGGAAACAUUCCAACUGAUGAUGCGUCAGAUUCAGCGGAUUCAACCAGCACUGUUAGAAAGGAUAGCUCCCAAAAACCACGAGGACAAAAGAAGGAAAAAUGACUGUCUUUUACUCUAGGAUUAGCCUUUUAUAUUAGGUUUCGUUUCGUAGUGAAAUAGGAAAGAACGUUUUGUAUUUUUUAUCCGGUCGAGACCACUGAACUUGCCAUCAAGUCACCAUUGAAUAGUGGGGAGGGGGAUGGGGGCUUUUUGAAAUCUCCGUACUCUCGUAUCUUGCAUUUUCGGCCCCGCCCCUAUUUUCUUGGUUUCUUACCAUUAGCCCUUUUUUUGAUUGCGAAAUACUAAUAAUUGUUGCGCAAUUUCCCCCUAUUUCUCCUGCUCUUUGCCCUUGCAGAACUUCCCUCUCCCACUCGUUCCUAUUCCGUCCUCCGUGCCCUUUCGUCCCCUAUUUCUCGGGCUCCCACCCCCUUUUCUCUCCUACUGAAUACCGAAAUAUCGUGUCCGGUUCUUCUUGUUGCGUUUGCAGCCAACCUAGCUUCCCCCGCAGACGUUCUUUGGGCUUGUCACGCAAUCUUCUUCUUAGGGCAGGAACGCGUGACGAACUCCUAAAAACGUGUGCGUAGGAGGCUAUAGCCAACCUUGGGGUAGUGUAAUACGGGAACGUUCACUUUCACCUCUUACAUGUUAGGAACUUUGCUUGGUGAUUCUUAUAACGGCAGCCGGAGUCGGAGACUUGCCUUUACAUGGAUCUUUGGGGGUGGUACUAAUUCAAGUACCUUGUUCAAAAUAUAAUCCUGAUAUUAGAGAAUUUUUUCACCUGGGGUUUGCUCUAUUUGCCUCGUUGUACAACAGGGCAUAGCUUUCUUUGGGGCUGUCAGUCCGCUUUACCCCCCGAAAGGGAAGAUUUCUUAUUUAUACAUGGCAUUCCAGAGGGUUAUAGAGCAUUUCAGAUAACUUUAUACCCCUAGUCAGGAAGACGCUGGAAAAGCUUGGUAAUUUCAGAC